AUGGACUGGUACCUGGAGGUGAAGUCCGCGGCGCUGCGCGUCGUCGAUGCGGGCUCGUGCGCCGGGGGGCUGCAGGUCCAGGCCAGCGAGUUCGGGACGUCGGGGAUCGUCGACAGGGGCUCGCGUUGCGACGGCAUGCUGUUCGGGAUCGUCGAGUCGGAGGCUGGCGGCAUGAUCCUGCAGUUCGAUGGGGGCCCGGGAGGCCGAGCCGCCGUCGAUCGAAGGUCGGAGGCCUGCCGAAGGCCGUGGCCGAGGCCAACCAGCUGUCGUUCCAGAGGGGUUCAGGCGCGCAGGAGAGCCGCCUCGCCCAGUGGAGGCUCGAGCAUGACGUGCCCGAGGUGA